AUGGAGCCCAACCGGACAAAUUUUCCGGCGAAUUCACUGCACUUUUUCAGCAUUAUCUUUUCGCGCUCUUCUCGAAAUCACAGACUGAGGAUCCCGAAAGAGUUUAUCAGACAAUAUGGAAAUAUUCUGCCAAAUCGUGUGUUCCUCAACGUUCCAAAUGGUGCAGUAUGGCCAGUAGUAUUGGGAAAAUGCAAUGGCGACUCUUGGCUAGAGUGGCAGAAAUUUAAGGAGUAUUACUCAAUUGGCUUUGGGUACUUCUUAGUAUUCAGAUAUGACGGGAAUUCCCAUUUCCAUGUUCUUAUAUUUGGUAGAAGUGCUUCGGAAAUAGAAUAUCCUUCAAGUGCCACAGCUACAGCCACCACAAAAGCUGCAACACAAGUGGAACAUGUUGAGUAUGUUUCCACUCUCCGUAGUGGAAAAAUCAUCAAUAAAAUCAAUAAUCCUACGAUGGGCAAAAAGCUUGAGAAAUCUUCAAAACAGAAGAGUGAUGAUGAACUUUAUCAGUGUGGUUCUAAUGAGGCUGUGAGAUAUCCUAUUCCCUAUCCGUUUCCCCAAAGCUUGCAAUCACCCCUGCCGCGGACUGGCUUCACUGGGAAAUGUCAAGCCAAAACCCAUGAUGUUGAGAUGGAUGAUUCUGUUGAAAUCCUCGAAGAAUUUCCAAUAUGCCAGACUACGAGGGAGAAAUCUCCAGUAGCAUAUUCUAGGCCCUGUAAGAAGAUGAAAACUGAACCAAUUAGCGCAGAAAGGGAAUGCAGGGUUCCCAAAAUGGAAGAAAGUGCAAGAGAUGAUUCAGUUAAAAGCUUGGAUGAUUUUCCACCAAGCCAAAGAGGAAGAGAGAAAUCACUACAACCACAUCUUCGGUUCAUUACAAGGAGGAGACCUAAACAAACCGAUAAACUAGAGAAUAGUUCCAAUCACAAUCAAUCCACAGUUCCUCAAGCUAACAGCGUGAAGCCAGUGAAAUCAGAGUUGGACCAAUAUUUACACUGUUCCAUGCAGAAAGUUGGAGAUGGGCCUAAGAGAUGUCAGCACUUGGAAUUUCCAACUUGCAGGAAGCGUUUGGCAAGUGACACCGGAAGAGUUAGAGCUCUUCAAUUGGCUAAAGCUUUCAAAUCUAAAAACCCUUUCUUUAUGGUUAUCAUGGGACCACAUUACAUUGCCGGAUUCUCUUUGAACAUGCCACUGAUUUUUGCUCAGAAAUUUCUUGCUAAGAAGCAUACAACUGUUACCCUUCAAGUUCCAGAUGGGCGAACAUGGUCUGCUAAUUACACUAUCUAUCCACGCGAUGCCAAAAUCCAAAGAGGCUGGAAUAAAUUUGUACAAGACAAUUUUCUGGCUGUGGGUGAUGUUUGUGUCUUCGAGCUCAUAAAUGGUGAUGAAAAUUUGCUGGAAGUCAUCAUAUUUCGAACAGCUGAAGAUGCAAAUUGCUGCCUACUGCCAGAGAAGCCAGCAGCUUUUUGA